CCCUAGCCCUGGUCCAUACCAUUAUCGGAGUCCCUCUAGCAUCAACGCCUUUGUAUUCAACCAUGCCUGGUGCGGAAGGAGGUCCGCCGGAGGUGACCCUGGAAACAUCGAUGGGUUCUUUCACCCUGGAGAUGUACGAUAAGCACGCCCCUAGAACUUGCAAAAACUUCGUUGAGCUAUCUCGAAGGGGGUACUACAACAACGUUAAAUUCCACAGAAUCAUCAAGGAUUUCAUAGUUCAAGGAGGUGAUCCUACUGGCACAGGAAGGGGUGGAGAAUCGAUCUAUGGCUCGAAGUUUGAGGAUGAGAUCAACUCAAAGCUGAAGCAUACUGGAGCUGGUAUCAUAUCUAUGGCUAAUGCUGGUCCAAACACAAAUGGGAGUCAGUUCUUUAUCACCUUGGCACCAGCACAAUCUCUUGAUGGAAAACACACGAUAUUUGGAAGAGUAUGUAGAGGAAUGGAGAUUGUCAAGAGGCUUGGUAGUGUUCAGACUGAUAAUACCGAUAGGCCAAUCCAUGACGUGAAAAUACUACGAACAACAGUUAAAGAUUGAUCCUUGUUGGUACUUUCAGAUUUAAGGCCUCUGAUGCUGGCAGUGGUUAUAUUACUCACAUCAAGGUAUUUGUUACUACCCAUGAAAGUAAUUGACAGAUAAAGGCUACAUAUGAGGGCAAUUUAACAUGAACCUCAAAGGCACUGAAAUCAUUAGAUCUUGUAAUGUGAUACUGCAACAAAAUGACUGUUUGUUUGCUUUCCUCUAUCUAGAUUUGGUCAAGUUAUUGGUUUCUUAGCCUUUGCACAUAAAGAUAUUGUUCUCAUAUGAAAGUAUUUGAACCCA